AUGCCAAACUACGAAAAGGUUGAAUUUCAAACCUUGGAUGGGCUCACUCUACGAGGUCGUCUGUUCCGUGCAGAAGGUGCAGGAGGCAAUCGGACGGCGGCCGUUGUCAUAACUCCGCCUUAUGUUAUCGUGCAAGAUGUCAUGGUCUCCGAUAUUGCUGUGUACUUCUCACAGCAGGGGAUCACAGCCCUGACCUAUGACACGCGUAGCUUCGGAGAAAGUGACGGCCAACCACGCUGUGAGCUGGAUUUGUCUAAACAGGUCGAUGACUAUAGCGAUGCUUUUACCUUCCUGGCUUCGCUACCCUCUGUUGAUCCCUCCAAGAUUGGAUUUUGGGGGAUUUCAUUCUGUGCCACGGUGGCUUUAAAUGCAGCCGCACUGGAUAGGCGUUCCCGAUUUGUGAUCAGUGUUGGUCCCAUAGUUAAGGCCUCCGAUGAAAAUCCAUACCCGAUCGACAAAGUUCAUCGAGUAUUGACUAAAGCACUUCGGGACCGAGAGUCUCAGCUCCGAGGCAACACUCCAUUUUAUGUCGAGUCAACAUGCGAAGAUGGAUCAAACCCCACGGGUUUCGGGCCCGAACUAGGCAUCGAAGCCUAUGAACUGGUACAAAGAAUUGCCGCCAGUGGCAUUGCGCCAAACUUUUCAACACAGCUUACGCUACAGAGUUUUGCAAAGAUACUGCGUUGGCAUCCGAUGCAAGAUAUUAAGUGGUUGGGGGAAACACCGAUGAUGUUGAUGAUACCUGGAGAUGACACCGUUAGUCUCCCGGAAGAGCAAAUGCGACUUUUUGAUAUGAUCACAGGUCCGAAGAGAGUGGAGGUGGCCGCUGGCAAGAGUCAUUUCAACGUGCUCGCUAGUGAAGGUUUCGAAGGACUUAUGGAUAUGCAGGUGGAGUUCAUCAAGCAGACACUGGGUUUGAGUAGUUAA